AUGGCCUCGUCUUCCAAUCGGAUAGACCGUGCAAAAACGGAUACUAAUAAUGACUUCUUCCUGACUUGUUCUGCCUUUCAUCGCCCAAACAAUUCGUUGCUCGUCGCGCUUGAACGACAGGUCACACCAUUCCUAAUAAGAACGUUUGUUCGUGCAUCUCCUGGACUACGAACGUCACAUUUCUCUGGAGCGAGCUUGCCAACCGAAAGCGAAUACCAAAUCUACACAUGGCAAGAUGGAUGCAACGCUCUCAGAGCUCCUAAUAACGCUACGUGCUCAAGAGCGCCGCCAACGCUCAGCUCAACAGGCACGACGCUCGACACUUCAACAUCCCGCAAUGAAGUAUACAGUUCGACAGCAAAGUACGUCUUUCGGAGCAUCUAUCCGGACCCUUCGCCAGCGGGCAAUAGGGAUCGCGCAAACGGUGGCACGUUUCAGUCCAAAGAGCUCGGUGUUGUGUACGCAAAAGAUUUAUCCGAUGCAGCCAGCUUGGACGAUGGUUGGGAGCCAAACUCUUCUGAUACAAAUCGACGGGAUAUGAAUGGGCCGAGAGAGGAGAAAAAGGCAAAGGAUGGAGAGGACGCAAUGGACACGACCGAAAUGCCGACGGAGCGGCCACCAAAAGACUCUUCCCCGCCUCCCGAGCAGGAGACAAACCGUUCUGGCGAUGGUGGGACUGGGAAUACCAGUACAUCUAGAGAGACGCGCACACUGGCAGAGCUGCGGUUCCGUCCAGGAGACUACAUUUCCGUCACCGUCGUCUUUCCCAAGGGUGAAUCUGGUCCCCCGCCGUCGGCUGGAGGAGGUGGAGCCAACAGUGGGUUUGGUGCGAGUGGGUUGAACAUUCGUGGAUCUGCUGGAGGAGGGAUAGGAUCUCGCGGAGAUGCAGGUCCGCCGAGACAAAUACCAUGGGUCACUGGCACGUCUGCGGCUGAGCCGUCAAGACCUGGAGGAGCGUUUUCGUCGACAGGUGGCGGAUGGCGUGGACGGGGUGGUGGUGGACCACCUGGACGAGCAGAUAGGGAUAGAGAUGUUCCACCUCCGCGUGAUGACAGAACACGGGACUAUGGUGGUCGAGGACGUGGGAGGGGCGCCGCAAUCACUUCUACUUUCGAAUCAGUCGUAUUAUUCCCAACUAUCCUCUACGCGAUGCAGCUCACCUCGACCCUUGUCCUUGUUGUCCUCGGCGUACUGUCAGGAGUGCGCGCUGUUCCGACUUACCCAUCCUACGGGCCGAAAUCCAACAACUACGGAGCUUCCGUCAGUACUGGACAGAUUGGGGUGGCCAAUGUUGGUAGUUCCAACGCCGGCGACACCAACGUCGCAAGUGGCAAUCUCGACAAUGCCGUCGUCGGUGCCGCAGGCAAGGCUGGUGGAGUAGGCAGCUAUAACGCACGUGGCGUCAAUAUCCUCGAAAGCCGCACCAGGAAGAAUACCCAGCCGCAGUACGUCAACUCGCCCCAGGCCUCCAACGAGGGCUCUUGCUCUGUCGGAACCGCGCAGUGCUGCCAAAGCCUGCAUCAGACGCAAGACCUCCAGAGUCAGGGAUUCUUCGGCCAACUCCUCGGUGCUAGCAUUCCUCUGGAUGACCUUAUGGUUGGUGUUCAGUGCACGCCUCUCGCCGAUCUCGUCCCCGUCGCUGGUGGUUCCAGUUCGUGCCGCAGCCAGCCCGUGUGCUGCACAGGCAACAAGUACAACGGUAUCAUCAGCAUGGGAUGUAGUCCUCUCGGCCUGCACUAG